CUGGCUGCCCUCCUGGGCAACGGCCUCAUCAUCACCACCAUCGCCUGCAACCACCACCUCCACACCCCCAUGUACUUCUUCCUCCUCAACCUCUCCCUGCUCGACCUGGGAUCCAUCUCCACCACUGUUCCCAAAGCCAUGGCCAAUUCCCUCUGGGACACCAGGGACAUGUCCUACUUGGGAUGUGCUGCACAGGUCUUUUUUGUUGUCUUCAUGUUAACAGCAGAGUUUUAUUUUCUCACCGCCAUGUCCUAUGAUCGCUAUGUUGCCAUCUGCCAACCCCUGCACUACGGGACCCUCCUGGGCAGCAGAGCUUGUGUCCACAUGGCAGCAGCUGCCUGGGGCACUGGGUUGCUCUAUUCUCUCCUGCACACUGCCAACACAUUUUCCUUACCCUUCUGUGGAGGCAAUGUUGUGGACCAGUUCUUCUGUGAAAUCCCCCAGAUCUUCAAGCUCUCCUGCUCAGACUCCGACCUCAGGGAAUUUGUGAUUAUUGUGCUUAGUGUCUGUUUAGCUUUUGGGUGUUUUUUUUUCAUUCUUUUUUCCUAUGUGCAGAUCUUCAGGGCCGUGCUGAGGAUCCCCUCUGAGCAGGGACGGCACAAAGCCUUUUCCACGUGCCUGCCUCACCUGGCUGUGCUCUCCCUCUUUAUCAGCACUUCAUUUUUUGCUUACCUGAAACCCCCCUCCAUCUCCUCCCCAUUCCUGGACCUGGUGCUGUCCGUUCUGUACUCGGUGGUGCCUCCAGCAGUGAACCCCCUCAUCUACAGCAUGAGGAACCAGGAGAUGAAGGAUGCUGUAGACGAGGGGAUUGACCGGGGCGUGAGGACAGUGGCAGAAGAGGGAGAGCACUUUGUUGAGCUGCCUCAGCGGGGCUGUUCUGGGCAGCAGGUAGACAGUGAGGAGGGUGCAGGAGAGAAGAGAGACGACAAUGAGGGGAGAGGAGUGGGAGGAGAAGGCCUUCUGCUGCCCAUGCUGGAUGGGAUCCUCAGGAUGGCAGCUAUGAUGCACACAUGGGAUGCAAAAGCAAACAGGAAAGGGAAGACAACGCUCAGGAAAGAGAGGAUGAAGGAUGUGAGUGUGACCACGCUGGUGCCACUGCAGGCAAUCUCCAGCAGAGAGGUCACAGAACAAGUGGUCAGUUGCGCUGGGGCCACAGAACUUCAGCUGGGAUAA